CAUCCAUCCGGUUCCCGAUGGUCCACCUCUCUGACAUGCAGAACUCGGCGGGUCAAAGUUCAGCCGCUCAGCCGAGUUCCUGGCUGAGUUUGCCCCAGGGAGGGGAGCUGUUUCUUUCCACUGUCACCACAUGCAUGCUCACUGUGACCACAGAAUGGAUUCUGAAGACGUUCUGCCAACCGGACCCCAGGCCCUCCAUCCGGACCCCAGGCCCUCCAUCCGGACCCCAGGCGCUCCAUCCGGACCCCAGGCGCUCCAUCCGGACCCCAGGCCCUCCAUCCGGACCCCAGGCGCUCCAUCCGGACCCCAGGCGCUCCAUCCGGACCCCAGGCCCUCCAUCCGGACCCCAGGCGCUCCAUCCGGACCCCAGGCCCUCCAUCCGGACCCCAGGCGCUCCAUCCGGACCCCAGGCCCUCCAUCCGGACCCCAGGCGCUCCAUCCGGACCCCAGGCCCUCCAUCCGGACCCCAGGCGCUCCAUCCGGACCCCAGGCGCUCCAUCCGGACCCCAGGCCCUCCAUCCGGACCCCAGGCCCUCCAUCCGGACCCCAGGCGCUCCAUCCGGACCCCAGGCCCUCCAUCCGGACCCCAGGCCCUCCAUCCGCCUCCAUCCUCAUAUUCCCUCACUGAUGCAUCAUGAAAGAUUCAGUAUUUUCUAAUGUCUUUUGUCAGACGCUCUUCACAAUGUGACUCUAUUUGAUCUUCGACAUGCAGCCGAUGCUCCACCUGAUGGGUUUGCAUGACAUGCAGAACAGUUUGAUGGGAACCGCGUUUCCACCGGACAGUUUCCUGUGUGACACCUGAACGGACAGGCCGUUAAACUACGGCUGUUGUAACUAAUGUCUUAGGAAUCGAGUAAUCUAUCGAUUAUUCCUAUGAUUAAUAAAGAUUUAUUAUU